CACACAAACACGCAAACACAAGCGUCAAGCAGUCUCUUGAGACAAGAUGGACUAUUCCACUCAAAUUUCUAGGAAAUACGAGCAGGAUUGCCAACAUCUCCAUUGUUGUUUCUCAGGAAAUGGUGUAACGAAAGAUGGAAAGCUAAUAGAGAUCCUUACACAUAGGAACUUCCAAGAGUACAAGCUUAUUCGCCAAACCUACAUUGCUCUCUACAACCAAGAUCUUCUUCACUUCCUCUUUACCUCUCAGCGGAACAACCCAUCUUCUAGGUUGGUGUAUCUUCGUAUGAGUGAACCACAGGAGCGUGAUGCUGAGAUAGUAAGGUUUGCACUUUUCGGAGGAGAUGUAGACCUGAGCACCCUUACUGAGAUAGUCUGCACUCGUCCUUCUAAAGACCUUCACUCUAUCAAGCAAGCAUAUCGCCCUCGAUAUAAUUCUGAUCUUGAACAUGAUGUUUCCCUUAAAAUUGGUGGUGGUUUCAGAGAGAUUCUACUGGCAUUUCUGAGGUCUAGUCACCACUACAGUGGCAAAGUUGACAUGAGCAUGGCCAUGUGUGACGCAAAGACGCUGUAUGAGGCAAUGGAGAGUGGAAAAUCUGUUGACGAAAGGACUAUUAUUACCCUACUGAGCCAAAGAAAUGUGGAGCAAAUUAAGGCCAUUCUUAUCUCGUACAAGCAACUCUAUGGCCAUGAAUUCUCAAAGUCACUUAAGCGUAACAAGUGUGGAAAUUUUGGAAAGGAGCUCCGCAUCGCGAUUCGCAGCAUGCAAUAUCCUGAAAAGUACUUUGCAAAACAACUUCGAAGAACAUGGAAGAACAAUGGCACUCAAGAAGUUCUGAUUCGAACAAUAGUUACACGAUCAGGAAUCGAUAUUGGUGAUAUUAACAACACUUUCAUUGCCAAAACAGGAUGGUCCCUAGAGAACCUUAUAAGAAGGGAAUUUAAGCCCACUGGCAGGAACAGUAAGACUGAUGGGGCACUUGGUUUGGUGGUUGAAUGUCUAAUUGGACUUGUUAAUGGUUGUUGACAAAAUUUUCAUGUUUCUAUGGAUGUUUCUGCAGAAUUUGUGUCAGUUUCUAGUUUUAGUCAAAAAUACUAUGUAAGAUAAUUGUCAGCUUCAGUCAACCUAUGAAUUUUAUUACUUAUGAAGACUUGAGAAACAUAGGUGUUUUUU